AUGCCUAUGCCUCUCUCUUCUUCUUCUUCUUCUCAUCCUCUCCCCCUCCCCCUCCUCCUCCUUCUCGUUAUCGCCUUUUCUAACGUUUGGAUAGCGGCUGCAUUCACGGGUACAUAUGGAGUGAAUUACGGAAGGAUAGCGGAUAACAUCCCGUCUCCGGAAAGCGUAGUGACCCUAAUGAAGGCGGCCAAGAUUAAGAACACUCGGAUCUAUGAUGCAGACCACGACGUUCUCAAGGCGUUUAAAGGGUCCGGAAUCGAGAUCAUUAUCGGGUUAGGGAACGGGUUGUUGAAAGAUAUUGGCGCGAGUGAGGAUCGAGCCAUGGAUUGGGUGAAACAAAACGUGGAACCGUUUGUACCCGGGACUCGUAUCCGUGGGAUUGCGGUUGGGAACGAGGUGUUAGGUGGCGGUGAUCAAGGACUCUGGGAGGUGUUGCUACCGGCGGUGAAAAAUGUCCAUAGUGCCCUUGACAAGCUUCACCUAGCCGAUGACGUUGAGGUUUCGAGCCCGCAUUCCGCCGGUGUGUUCGCUAGCUCGUUCCCACCAUCCGCCGGUGCGUUUAAAGAGACCUUAGUUCCAUAUAUGAAGCCGCUUCUCGAGUUCUUCUCGCAAAUCAAGUCACCUUUCUAUAUAAACACGUACCCUUUUCUUGCAUACAUUAGUGAUCCCGAACAUAUUGAUAUCAAUUACGCGAUCUUUAAGAAGAAUCCCGGGAUAUACGAUGAGAAAACUAAACUACAUUAUGAUAACAUGUUCGAGGCCCAGAUCGAUGCAACCUACGCUGCUUUAGAAAAAGCCGGAUUUGGAAAGACGGAGGUUAUAGUAUCCGAAACCGGCUGGGCUUCGAAGGGGGAUCCAAAUGAAGCGGGGGCCACGGUUAGUAACGCGAGAACCUACAAUCUGAACUUACGUAAAAGACUCCUUAAGAAGAAGGGUACCCCUUACAGACCGAAAAAGGUAGUCAAAGCUUAUGUGUUCGCUAUGUUUAACGAGAACCUAAAACCUGGACCAACUUCAGAAAGAAACUUUGGGCUGUUCAAAGCCGAUGGCAGCAUUUCUUAUGACAUUGGAUUUACGGGACUCGUUCCCUCUUCAGCAACAUCCCUUUCCUCUUUGAAGGGCAUUGGGUCUUCAUACCUGUUGAUGUAUGCAGCAUGUGCGGCGGCUUUGGUUAUGAUUAUAGCUUCAUGACAACCUAAAAACAGCUUCCUGUGAUCGAACCAGUCUCCUAAUUCUACAACAUAUCGGAACAGAUACCUUCAUGGUGUUAACUUUGUAGAUUAUACAUACAUACAUA